AUGGAUGGAGCCCCAUCGGUCACAACUCCCGAGAGUGGAUUUUGUACAGCACCCUGGAUCCCCUACAAUGGCCACUGCUUUUACCUUUAUCGUAAUGAAACAAAAAAAUGGUCUGAUGCUCAGAAAGCUUGCGGUAAAGAAGGAGGAGACCUAGUAAGCAUUCGUAAUGUGGAGGACCAAAGCUUCAUCAUCUCUCAACUUGGAUAUGCAUCCACUGAUGAACUCUGGAUUGGACUAAAUGACAGGAAGAGAGAGAGGCUGUUUGUCUGGAGUGAUCAUUCUCCUGUGAGUUACACUAGCUGGGACUCUCGGGAACCAACUGUCACCUCUGAACAAGAAGACUGUGUUCUUAUCAGAGGGGAGAAUGGAAACUGGGCUGACCGUGUGUGUGACGAGAAACAUGGCUUUAUCUGCAUGAAGACAAGUGACUCUGAACCCUCUGGAGAUGAAGUGGAGCUGAACGCAGGCUGCAAAACUGGUUGGAAAAGACAUGGAUCCUACUGCUACUUUGUAGGGAUUGAGACAAAGACGUUUCAUGAAGCCAAUGAUGACUGCAAGAGCUCAAACUCUUAUUUAGCUGACGUUUCAACUGGGGUGGAUAAUACUUUCCUUGUAAGCUUGGUGGGGCUGAGGCCAGAGAAACACUUCUGGAUAGGUCUCUCAAACCUGAAAAACAGAGAAUAUUUUAUGUGGACCAACAAUGCCUAUGCGAGAUAUACUCAUUGGAACACUCAUAUGCCAGGUAACGUGCAGGGUUGUGUUGCUAUGGCAACUGGGCAUUCUGCUGGCCUUUGGGAUGUGUUGCCCUGUACCAAUAAGGAAAAAUACAUCUGUAAACACCUGGCAGAGGGGGCAGCUUUAACCCCAGCUCCACCAACCACUGCCACACCUAACUGCACAGAUGGAUGGAUUAAGAUGCAAUCCAGAGGCAUCUGUUAUAAGAUCUUUCCAGAGGCUUCAGAAAAGAGAAAGACCUGGUACGAGGCUAGAGAUUACUGCAGAGCCAUUGGAGGAGACCUAGUCAGCAUUCACAGCGGUGCUGAUUUACUACGGACAUACAAUAACAUCUACAAUCAUUGGCCUAAUCAAUACUGGAUUGGACUUAGUGCUCCUGACCCAGACACAGGUUAUGUAUGGAGUGAUAGAUCCCCGGUAAACUUCCAAGACUGGAAAGAUGGAGAACCAAACAAUAAAAAUAACGCUGAAUUGUGUGUUGAAGUAGAACGCGUGUAUUGGGAUAACAUUUUGCUUUGGAGUGAUGUGCCCUGUGAGAAGUACAAUAACUGGAUUUGUCAGAUCCACGCAGGAGUCACCCCAAAGCCGGCUCCAGACCCUGUCACCCCUGAGUAUAACACGACCUCUGAUGGGUGGCUAGAAUGGAAUGGGGCUCAGUAUUACAUUAAUGAAAAGGCGAUGGCCAUGGAGGACGCUCGUACGUUCUGCAGACAGAGGCAUGGUGACCUGGUAUCUAUCAACAGUGAAGCAGAAAGGAUAUUUUUAUGGAAACAGAUUUCAACAGGUUAUCAGAAUUCUUGGAUUGGCCUGUCUGUAGAUCUUGAUGGAACAUUUCAGUGGAUGGAUGGUUCUCAAAUGGUGUUUCAAAGGUGGGAUGAAAAUCAACCUGAAUUCAAGAACUUUGAUGAAAACUGUGCUGUCAUGACACAUCAUAAUGGAUUCUGGCAUGACUCCAACUGUGGACUAGAGUAUAUGUCCUUUUGUAAGCGCAGCAGCUCAACACCCACAAACACCACUGCUGCAGUGCCUACAGUGUCCCCAAAAGGUGGAUGUCCACCCCCUUGGAAAAAAUUUAACUCUAAGUGUUACAUAAUUUUUAAGAAUCAGAAUUUAACGUGGCAAGAUGCAAGGGAAAAAUGCAAACAAAAAGGUGGACAAUUGGCAUCUAUUACUUCAAGACAGGUGGAAGUGUUUCUACUGUCUCAAAUGGUUGAUGCACCUACUACAGACUUGUGGAUUGGUUUAUUUCGGUCACAGUGGAAAACUUACUGGACUGAUGGACAACCAAAGUCAUAUACCAAUUUGGGUAAUAAUCGUUGGUAUUGGUACGAUCAAACGAAAAACUGUUUUGUGAUCAAUACCAAGCCUUUGGUUGGUAUUGGGAAAUGGAUUCAAAAGUCAUGCAAUGACACCAAUGGAUUUAUCUGUCAUCGAAAUCUUGACACAUCUCACCCAGAUUCUCCAGAACCAACAAUUUCUACUAACUACAUCAAAAUACUCAAUGACUCCAUUAAGGUUGUUCCUCAACAAAUGAAUUGGGAUAAAGCUGCAGAGUACUGUAAAAAUGACGAUGCCCUCCUAGCUAGCCUGAGGAAUGAGUGGAUGCAAGCUUAUGUUGAGCUCAUGGCGCUGAAUCUCAAGGCUCCUCUUUGGUUUGGAUUACACAAAGUGCAGAUCAAUGGUUCUUUCAGAUAUGUUGAUGGAUGGCAUUUAAUAUUCAGUCGAUGGGGUACAAAUGAACCAAGAAAGGACAGAAGCUGUGUAUACAUGGAUGUGGAUGGAAAAUGGAAAACCGCUCACUGUAAUGAGACACUAAUGAGUGUUUGCAUGAAGUCUACAGAUGUGCUGCCAACAGAGUCAACCAUUUUUCCAGGAGUUUGCCCUCAAGACCCAGAGGCAACAAUAGAAAACAAGAACUAUAUCUGGGUACCAUUCAGGGGUUAUUGUUAUAUUUUUAUUACAGAGCAAACACACUGGAGAGAAGCAUCCACCACCUGUGUAGCACAUGGUGGAAUGCUUGCCAGCAUUGAAGAUUCCUCUGAGCAAAAAUUUCUAGAAAUUAACCUGAGAACUUUUCAAGAUGGCUUCACAUCUUUCUGGAUUGGCCUGUUUAAAAAACAACACAAAGAGGAAUGGCUCUGGGUGGACAGAACAGCCAUGGGUUACACUAACUGGGCUGAAGGUCAACCUUUUAAUAUGAGCUUUGGAUCGCGCACAGGAGAGAUUAGUACAUCAGAUGGGACAUGGAAGGAUAUCGAAAUAUGGGAUUAUAGACCUUACAUCUGCAAGACACCAAAAGUAUUACUACCAACGCCAUCACCACCAGCCCAAACUGGAUUACCUCAUCAUCAGCGUGUCUAUAUAACCACUGCAGUUGUGUUAGUCAUUACUGGGAUUGCAGUGGUGGCAGUCACUGCUGUCUUCAUCUUUAAGAAAUUUGGUCAUCAGUUACCCGCCCCUAACACCUUCGAUAACCCGCUCUUCUUCAGUAGUAGGGUGUCACAGCCUGAGCAAGCUGACACCAGUAUACUAGUAGAGAAUGCAGCAGAAGAGAACACUGGAGAUUUAAUCAGUAUGUAAUUUAAAUAUUUUGGGCUCAUUUGCAUGGCCCAUAUGAUUUCCUAGUAUGUUAUAAAAAUUUGAGCUGAGGUGGCAGCAAGUAGCAAAUAAUGGCUUACUGGAAAAUAAAAGGUGAGAAUCAUCUCAUAUUAUCAUAUUCUGUGAAUGUAGGUUACAUAAAUGCUGGCUUUUGUUAUUUCAGUUAUGGUUAGGAUAAAAGGUAGGGUAAAUGGAGUUUAAUGCAUGUCCUAGUCAACAAUCAUAUAUGCAUGCAGCAACCUGAAAUAUCAAGACAAAUCAGGAAGGAUCCAUGGUUUCAUGUUGCUGAAAUCAGAUUCUAACCAUACCAUCCAAAUUUCACAACAAGAGCUCAGACUCACCAGACCAGGCAACAUUUUUCUUCUAUUGUGCAAGCUGACAGGCUGCUGUAGUCCAUCUGCUUCAAGGCUUUACAUGUUAUACAUUCAGAAAUUAUUUGAGUUACUCUUGCCUUCCUGUCAAGUUGUAGUAGCAUCAUCAUUCUCCACUGACCUCAUACAUCAAUGAGGCAUUAUCAUCCACAGAACUGCAGCUCACUGGAUAUUUUCUCUUUUUCAGACCAUUCUCUAUAA